GUGACUCACACGCCGGGAUGAAUUUUUGAACUUCAGUGCGCGUAAUAUAGAUCUGUCCUGCAUGCAUUUGGCCUAAAUGUCGCAAAUAUUGUUCGGCAUCUGAAGUGGUUUUUAAAGAUUUUUAUUAUUCCAUAGACUUGAGUGUUUUCAUAAGAGGAAAAUCUUCAGCAAUUAAAGAUGAGCUGCCUAAUUGAAUUCUUUGACUACUGUGUGCCAGACGUGAAGCGGGCUGUUAAGAAGAUCUGCCCAUGUUUGUACCGCAUCAUAUGGGGAGAGACAUGGGAGUUUGUCAUGGUGAAGACAGUACUAGGCUUCGCCUUCGGAGGCCUACUCGGUGCUGCCCUCUAUUUCUUCGUGAUAAAUCGUAUAACCGCCCUUCCACCCGACGGUCGGGAAGCGUUCGGAGCUGUCAUCACCCUUGUGCUAGCGGCAGGCUUCGCACUGUCACUUCAGCUGCGAUGUAUUAUGAUUCUCGUUCUGCCGAAUUUCUUCGGUCGACACGGCAGAAGUCUUCUCGCCUCGUUCGCCUUUGUCCUGUUGCUCAGUGGUCCUGUCAAUAACAUCGUGAGAAAUUCCAAGGAGUCGGCCCGGGCUAUCUCGUGCACUUCCUCGCUGACGUUCAACCACAGCAGAGAACUCUUCUUGCUCCUUCACAAGCCUUUCACUGAUGCCUUCCAGAACGUUAGGGGACGGAGCGAAGAGAUCGAACGCGAGGCCAAAAAUGUCCAACAGGAAUUUCUAGACUUUGAGGACGAGGUGGAAGGAAACGAUGUCGGUGGUGGAAAGAAGAGGAAGUACUCCGGCACACAAUCACCAGAAACACUGGAGAAGGCUUACAACUUCAGGAAUGCCGAGAGAUGCGAAUAUUUGUUUGACAAAGGAAUGCAGACGUGCAAGAGGGAAUUAAAGAAAAUGGAAGACGAAUGCUUCAACCAGAAAAAGGGGCUUUUUCAAAAGCUCUUUUGUCUCCCACUGAAAUUUGAAAGAAUGUGCAAUCUGGUUAAUUUGUUUCGGUUCAUAUGUAAACAAGUCCCCGAGGCGCCUUCAGAAUUUGGCGAGAUGUACUUGACGCUAAGAAGAGGAAUCCACUCCUUUGAUACUAACUUCAAGGUGGACCUACGUUGGCAAAUGACCAAGUUCCCAGACAUCCUGAAUGGCACAUCGAUAACCGAGGUCCGGGCGAGGAUGGCAUACGAGAUGAGAGUGCGCAAGCAGUGGUUUGAGGCCAUCACAGCCCUGGCCAAAAUCUUCCUGUCAUUCAUGUUCAUCCUGGUGUUCAAGAGUGCAAGCAACUACAGUUCCAAGUACCUGACAAAUGUCAGCUUUGACAAUGUCUACCUGACAGCUUACUUCAGGAAAAUUGAUGCGAGGAGAAGAAAACAGAAUAAGAGGACACUCCUUCCACAGAAGAAGUCAGAGUCAAAUGACAUCAUCGAAGCUGCCCGCUGGAAACUUAGACGGGAGGAAAAGAAAUCAAUGGUUGUAGGUACAGUAAGACUGCUCAUGCAGGUCAUCGUGUCGGUAAUUUUAGUCUUCUUUGACAGCCUCUUCUACAACAUGCUGGACCUGAUUCGACGGCACAGUCAUGUGGAUUUCACCUUUAAAGGUGAGCAUGCCCUUCGAAUCGGUGUCUUAGGAAAUGGGAUCAUAGCCAAGCUAUUUAAAAAAGUUCUGUCUGCAUUCGACCAGCAUCAUGCUGUGAACAAGUUGAGCAGUAACAAGCAAUGUCUCCCUCGACCCCACCAGCCAGAUCAGCAGAUGAUCAUCAUGAUCUUUGGCGUGCUCGGGGGCAUCUGGCUGCUCUUGUACUUCCAAGCCUACGGACUGCGAUUACGGAGAGUCAUCUGUGCUUACUUCUAUCCAAAGAAGGAGAAACAGCGUGUCUUGUUCCUGUACAACGACCUGCUUAAGAAGAGAGUAGGCUUCCUGAAAUACAUGAGACUGAAGGUGCGACAGCUUGCCAGGGAGAAGAAACUGGCGGACAAGAUUGGAACUCUUCGGACAUUGCGAACCCGCUGUCCUCGCCUGUGCUGCUGGCUGGCCCUCUGCAAGCUGGGCCGGCGCAAGUGCCUGGUAUGCGAAGACUACGAGGGGGCGGGCUUCCAAGAGUGUCCCACCGAGGGGUGCGACUUCAUCUACUGCAAAGACUGCUGGAAGGAUGUUAAGAUGAAAUGCUACGCCUGCAAGGUCUACGCCAGCGGGAGUGAUGAUGACUUCUUCUCAGACGACUAAGGAGCAGGCUGGAGUCCAACUUGCCGUUGCAGUCUUCGUUUCACACCGAGACUGCCGAGGCCAACGGGAAAAGAAUACCUUGAAUCAAUGAACGAGGUGCAACUGUGGAGUAACACUGAUGUUAGAGCUUCUUCUGUGCUGAAUCUUCCAUUCAGGAAUACGCCAGACGGGCUUGAAAAUGACACAUCGUUUUGUUGAACAUUGUGGGGACUUGUUUGUAAGUUUGAACUUGAAUGUUCUAAGCAGUAACAAGGCUUAUGUUCAGGGUCCACCUUCCACUAUGGUACAUAGUUGGCGCAUUCAUACAUGCAUUAUGGUCAUGUGCUAAGUCAACGACCAUAAAUUGGGUGCAAUGCCUUUUCUGGGUCUAAACCUACACUGGUGGGGAUUUCACUAGGUUGAACCACUGUCGUAGAAGCGUUACUAGGCUAAUGCAAUGUCUCCAAGAAAGUCUUGGCUAUACAGACAUCUGUUACAGCAUGGAGCACAUUGCAAUUAAACACAGUGGAAGAGAUUGCUUCAAAUAGUUCCUUGAGUGUCAAAAAUCACGUGUAAAAAGACAUCCCACUUACCUUGUCACCUGCCAACAUCACAGACACAUCUUCAUUGUAGCAACUAUCAUUCAGGCAGUUACCUUGUUCUCUGCUGUAAUUAUUGUGAGCCAAUGAUGAUUUCCCACACCAAUAACAUGACCAGCUGUACGGGGCACUUUCGAUGUUACAUAUGAAUAAAUACAUAUUUUAUUCUUACUUCCAGAUAAAUUAAACUCUUUUAAAAGUGAUACCACAUAAUCUGUCAUAAAUACAUUUUGUUAUUUCAUAUUGAACAUAGCAUGCACCUUAUUAUCCUAAGAAAAAAAAAGGAAAAGGUUAUCUUUAAUAUGUUAAUUACCAGUAUGAUAUGCAUGUACUUUGUUACUUUAACAUAAGUUGGUUGGAGGAUAUUUUUAGACUUUUUUUUAUCACCGCAGAAAAGCGUAACAACAAUGAGGUUAUUUCAUCAUUUCCUUUGACAACAGUGAAUGUCGAUAGCCAUGCCUGGGUCGUGGCAACAGGACUGUAAGUUUUUCUCAUUUUA